AUGCCCAAGAUCUCACUUCAGAUAGCGAUUCUUCGAGCAAUGACCGAAACUGGGGAGAAGCCACACAUUCCGAGCGUCUUCCACGCCGCCAAGCACAAGAAGUAUUGUUAUAUGGUUAUGACUCUCCUGGGAGAGAAUCUUAAGUCUUUAAAGCUUAAUUGCCCGAAGGAACUGAUGUCUCCCGGCACAUGGAGUAGAAUCGCAGUAUCGUCCUUCUCCUUCAAAUUGGCGCGCUACAGUAAACUGCUGGCAUUAAGCGUGAAACUCGUUCACGACUAUGGCUACGUUCAUCGCGACAUUAAACCAAACAAUUUCGUGAUGGGACACCGAGAUGAUCUCGAAAGGGCUCGCAUUAGUUCACAUACUCGAUUUUGGACUCGCACGAUCAAAAAUGGAAAGUGGGUUGCCAGAAGAGCAAGGGGCUCAGCUGAAUUCCGAGGCACUCUUCGUUACUGCUCACCCAAUGUUCAUGAGAAAAAGGAACAG